GAGCCCUCCGUCUCAGAGAUGCCGCCGCUGCUGCUGUCCCUGCUGUGGGCAGGGUCCCUGGCUCAGGAUCGGAGAAUCCGGCUGGAGGUGCGGGAGUCCGUGACGGUGCAGGAGGGCCUGUGUGUCCGCGUGCCCUGCUCCUUCUACUAUCCCUGGAGCUACUGGGAUGACUCUGUCCCAGCUCACGGCUACUGGUUCCGGGAAGGGGCCAAUGAGAAGCUGGAUGCCCCAGUGGCCACAAACAAGCCAGGUCGUAAAGUUCAGGAAGAGACCCAAGGCCGAUUCCACCUCCUAGGGGACCGUGGAGACAACAACUGCUCCCUGGACAUCAGAGACACCAGGAGGAGGGAUGAAGGUUCAUACUUUUUUCGUGUGGAAAGAGGAAGUACACUAUGGAGUUAUAAGUCUAACCAGCUCUCCUUGCAUGUGACGGCCCUGACCCACACACCCCACAUCCUCAUUUCUGGGACCCUGGAGUCUGGCCGCCCCGGGAACCUGACCUGCUCUGUGCCCUGGGCCUGUGAGCAGGGCACGCCCCCCAUCUUCUCCUGGACGUCAGCUGCCCUCACCUCCCUGGGCCCGAGGACCCACCUCUCCUCAGUGCUCACCAUCACCCCACAGCCCCAGGACCACGGCACCAACCUCACCUGUCAGGUGAAGCUCCCCACAAGUGGUGUGAUCGUGGAGAGGACCAUCCAGCUCAACGUCACAUGUGCUCCACAGAACCCAACAAGAGGUGUGUGCUUAGGGGAUGGCACAGGAAAAUCGGGGACCAAGGCAGGAGUGAUUGAGGGGGCCAUUGGGGGAGCUGGUGUCACCAUGUUGCUUGUUGUCUGCCUCUGCCUCGUCUUCUUCACAGUGAAGACCUACAGGAAGAAGGCAGCCAGGACUGCAGUGGGUGUGGAGGACGUCCACCCUGCCAUAGGGCCAACUUCCCUGCAACACCAGCAGGAGUCCAAGUUAGAGGAUCCUCCUGACCCCACAAGCUCGGCAGGGGCCACCCCCACCUUGGGGAUGGAGCAGGAGCUGCAUUACGCCUCCCUCACCUUUCAUGGGGUGCAUCUUCAGGAGAACACCCACUCAGAAUACGCGGAGAUCAGGACCAAGUGAGGAACCGAAUGUAGCGUCAGCCUCAGCCAGAACGUCCAUAUCCUUUACAGGAAGGGGGACCCACAGGCUAAUCCUUAGAGACUUAACCUCCCCAUAGGUGAUGGGCUUACGAACUACUGUUAGUGAGUUUCCUGCUAUGUUGGAACUAUCUUAGGCUUUGCAUUCAGAGAGACCUGGCAUCAAAUCCACACUUUUUCAUUUAUUAAGAGUAUGAUAUCAUGUGAGACACCUUACCCCUCCAUGUCUUGGUUUUCUGCUUUGGUGAAAUGGAUGUGAGAAGACCAGCAUCACAACGUUGUUGUGAGGAUUAAACGAAAGUAUGAAAUAUGCAACACAA